AUGCGAGGAGUGAGUCAAUAUAAAGCAGAUUUGACUGAUAGAUGGUUAAGAGAUAACCUUUCGAAAAAGAAAUAUGAUGAUCUUAAUCAGGCAAUAUUUAAAACUGUUCCUGAAAUGUAUCGAAAUGAAACAGUCGAUUCAUGUCCUACAUUAAUUGAAAAUGCACAGAUACUUAACCACAUUUAUGAAUCAGAUCCUGAAGAUGCAAAAGAAUUCGCAAAUUGUCCGGAAUUCGAAGAAAAAGACCUUUCAAAGAUGACUACAACCGAAAUUUAUUUAGAAAAUAUUGCCUUGAUGCAAGCAAUCCGAAAUCAACGCGAAGCCAAUGAAAAAUUGCUGCAAGAAAUACAAUUAUUGGAUCCAGCAAUGCGUCAACUAGAUCUCGAAAAACAGGGUUACUUUGUAGAACUAAUGAACAUUGAAAGAGAAAUGAAUACUGAGAAAGAUUCAAAUCUUAUUGCUUCACCAAAAUAA